GAUAAUUAAAAUGGACAACGCAAAGAUCCAGAUUGAGACAAACGAGAAGUUUGUCGUUGAUGAGGAGGAAGAUUGGAUGGAAGCCCUCACUUGCGGAUGCCUUGUCCAAAACAGAAAGUUCCAGAUGAAUAUCAACCCAGCCAUGACUGUCUCCAGAGAGAUUGUUACCAUUGAAGAAGAUGCUGAUUUCCUAUGUAAAUGCCUACUUGCUCCCAGAUGCAGAGCUUUCAAGGGUAGUAUUAAAACUGACGGAGGAGAUCUUAUGUUUUCAUACGAGAAGCCAUGCGGAGUCCCUCUCUGUAUGUUCUGUAGACCAACAUUUGAUGUUUUUGACCAUGAGAAGAGAAAGAUUGGUACUAUCAAGAAUGAAUGCAAUGUUUGUGAAAUGAAGAUGAUCAUCCUUGGAGACGGCGAUCAGCCUCUAUACACCAUCACUGGAACAAUGUGUAGCUUAGGUUUCUGGUUUGAGCCUUUGCUCGGCUCCUUCUUCCCCUUGACCUUCGACAUUAAGAACGAUAGGACCAACGGAACUGUGAUCUCUCAGUUCAAGAAGGAAUCAAGAGGUUUCUUCAUCGAAUGUUGUCUAAAUGCAGACAAGUUCAGCAUCCAGAUGCCUCCUCAGAUGAACUACCAUGAGAGAAUCCUGCUGGCUGCAGCUAUCCACCAGAUGAACAUGUUGUGGUUCGAAAGAAAAUCUCCAUGCAUCUUUUUCAACAGGAACUAAACGAAGAGCCCAUAAUU